GGAGGUAUUUGAGAACUAAGGAAGAUAAUACAUUACCUGCAGGAGUAAGCUGUAACGGUACCCUGUCCCUUCCAGGAACUUAGUUGAUGCGAUCUACACCCCAGCUCCGCCCACUUCCUCUAACUUCAUUCAGUUGUAAUCCCGCAAUUAAAUAAGGAUUCGUGCGAAAUUCUGCCUUGAAUCAUCGUAAUAUUUACCAAACAUUGUUUAUUUUAAUUCUCUCCCCACCAUAUGCCAUCUCUUGUGCGUUCAACAAUAAUAUGAUCAUAUAAGAGCGAUGUUUUCAAUAUUUUAAUUGCAUAAUAUUAAGUGACGUAUUUUUUCAAUGUUAGUAUAUUCAACAAAAUAGUGUAAAUAAUAUGUUGACGGUAAAUUAAAAUUACUUUUACAUUGAAUUAUUAAGGAUGCAAAAGUGACGCCUAUUUGAGCGCCGCUUGCUUAUAUGCACGCGGCUGACACGGAGUCGCUUGGCUCAGCUGAUAUCGUGGAGCCGCGAUAUCGUAUAUUUCUUACUAAACUUAUGGCUAAUAUGCAUUUUUUAUAAUGCUAAUAAAAUUAUAGAAACUAUUUUCAUAGUUUAGUUUUAAUAGAAAAGAUAAUGUAAUUGAAUAUUUGUUUGUUUAUACUUGUCUAACCUAAAAGUAUACUCUUUUAUACAGUAUUAAUUUUUAGAUUAUGCAGCUCAAUAAAAGAUGGAUCCCAAGUUAUUGUUAAAUUAUUUCAUGUGCUAAGUGUUUUUGAUUACGUUUUUGUUUUGUUUUAAUUUUAUUCAACGAAAUUUUUCAAAAUGUACCAAAGAAGAGAAAUGCUACAUAAAUAUAUGUAUGUUGCAUUUGUAGUUGCACUUUACUGGGUAGUUUCCAUAUUGAUGGUAUUUGUCAAUAAAGCCUUAUUAUCCAGUGAGAAAGUGCAUCUCAAUGCUCCUUUAUUUAUUACUUGGUUUCAAUGUGUGACAUCUGUUGGAAUCUGUGUUUCGUUAAAAGCUUUUGCUAAAAUAUUUCCACAAUAUUUUUAUUUUCCAAAGGGAACACCAUUUUCCUGGGAUGUCAUUAGAAAAGUGCUACCAUUAUCAAUAUUAUUUAUUGGAAUGAUAGCAAGUAAUAAUUUGUGCUUGAAGUAUGUUGGUGUUGCAUUUUAUUAUAUUGGAAGAUCUCUUACAACAGUAUUUAAUGUAAUAUUUACAUAUUUAAUUUUGGGUGAAAAAACUUCAAGUAAAACUGUUACAUGCUGUGUUGUUAUCAUAUUUGGAUUUUGGUUGGGUGUUGAUCAAGAAAAUAUUGCUGGAUCAUUAUCCAUAACUGGAACCUUCUUUGGUGUUCUUGGCUCGCUCACACUUUCUUUAUACUCUAUACAUACAAAGAAAGUGCUUCCUGUUGUAAAUCAAGAAAUUUGGCUACUCUCCUAUUACAACAAUAUUUAUAGUGUCGUUUUAUUCCUUCCAUUGAUGUUAAUUAAUGGAGAAUUCAAUACUGUAUAUAACUAUGAUAAAAUUGGUGAUUUAGAUUUUUGGUCAGCUAUGAUUGUUGGUGGUUUAUGUGGAUUUGCAAUAGGGUAUGUCACAAUGUUGCAAAUUAAAGUUACAUCACCUCUCACACAUAAUAUUAGUGGUACAGCAAAAGCAUGUGUACAGACUGUUCUUGCUACUCACUGGUAUAACGAAAGCAAACCUUUCUUAUGGUGGUUGAGCAAUUUUAUCGUUCUAUUGGCUAGUGCAGCAUAUGCUAGAAUAAAGCAAUUGAGUAUGAAACAAGCUUUUGCUAAGCAGGUUUCUGUGAUAAAAACAUAAAAAAAUUUGUAUUAUGCUUGUUGAUAAUAUGUCUUUCUGUGUGUGCUAUUUUGUACAAAGUAACUUAUACAACUGUUGUAUUUAUAUAAAAAAGUAAAAGGUUUACUGAUCUGCAUAACUUUUUACGAAAAUAAUCAGUCAUUCAUCAAAAUGUUUUUCGAAAAGAUUUUUUAUUUGAAAAUAAUAAAUAUAGUAUAAAAAUUAGUAUAAUAUGUAUAUAUAAAUAUAUAAAUGUAGUUGUAAAAUAUUUAUGAAUAUUACUUUUGGACGGAUAAGUACAAUAAAAAAUACAUUAAUAUGCAUUUAAGAACACAGUAAAUAUCACAUCAUUUUUAAAUUAAUUAUUGUAUGAAAAGGAUUCAGAAUUAUUUUAAAAUCUAGAUGCCAGUCCAUCCACUCUACUGUCAGAAUGACCACUUAUCAGAUUCUUUCGUUUAAUUAUAACAUUCACACUUUUCAUUAUCAUGUUAGCAUCAAUUUUGGAUACUGUAUCUAUAGCAAUUAGACUGUCACGUAAUAGUUGAUUUCCUGAAUGUCUAUCAUCAUUUUCUACAGCAAUCCCAUCAUCGAGUACAUAGUACCUAUAAAAACAAAGCAAAUCAAGCAUGAAAAAAAAAUUAUUAAUUGAAAAUUUAUUGUUAUCUUCAUUGUACCUUGGGUAUUCAACAGCUACAGAAACAUUCAUAGAACGUAUUAGUAAAUUGUAAAGCAUUUGUCCAGCAAUUAUUGAAUCAUCAGCACUAAAAACUCCUCGCAAUCCACAUACUGCUGUUUCAUCAUAAAAUACUAUUGGAGUCAAAGACAAAAGUGAAUUUUCAUUAUCUACAUUAUCUAAAACAAAUCCUGCCUCAGUCAUGUAUUUUGAAUUGAAUGGUGAACUUAACCCUCUGAAUAAACGAAAAUUGAGAUAUUUAA